AAACCUCUAUAUACUAAUAUAUUUAUUUAAUUUUUAUAAUUUUAUCAUACAGUACAUAAGAAAAUGUAUAAAAAUUUAGAAGAUUCAUAAGAGUUGAAAUCAAUUAAAACAUUUUUUAGAUGUCUGGAGAACCCAUGAACUCAGAUUCGAAUCCUUGUUUAGAAGUAAGCUUUCUUGAUACAAUUGAACAACGGAUAUCACUAAAAUGCCUACAAAACAAUUAUGGUGACCAUAAAAAAUGUGAACCUCAAAUUGAGAACUACAAAGAUUGCAAAACAUUUUGGUAUAAUAUUUAUAAAGAAAGAAAAAGGAAUAAUACUAAACCGUAUUUACCUUCUAAAGAAGAAAGAAUGAAAAUGAAACAAGAAUACAUCAAUCAACUUUAAAUUUUAAAAACAAUAUUUCCAUUGUUUAGUUUAACUAAAUCAAUUUUAAUUAUUUCAAAUUUUGAUUAAAAUGAUAAAUGACUAACA